AUGGCGGACGAAUCGUACUGUAAUCCAGUAUUCAGUAUCGUUUGCUCUUCUUCUUAUGACCGAGUAAUUCAACAUGCCGAACGUCUAGAAGCUCGCUUUAUGGAAGUUAUAUCCAUAAACCCCGAGGUGGAACUGCUAUCAGAACAUUACCACAAAGUGACGGCACAAAUAGAAAUGGACAAGUUAUCUGCGGUAAUAAGUUCUCCCGUGAGUCAUCAUAGCAGAUUGAACAACCAUUUCAACCAACAACGUCAGCAACUGAUCACGUACUACACAGAACGCCUUGCUGAUAUUGGAAACCGGAAAUCAUAUAUUGAUCAAAGCAAAGAUGUCGGCCUAAACAAAGAUGUCAACUGGAAAGCACUGAAUAUAAUGAAGGAAUGGUAUGAUAAACACGAAGACAAUCCGUUUCCCACAAUACAUGACAUAGGACAUAUUUCAGUUCUUGGUAACAUUACUGUUAACGACAUAGACACUUGGUUCCAUUUCGAAAGGAUUCGUCGUUCUAUUGCCAACAAGUGA